AGAAGAGUUAUAACUUAAUAUAUUGGUAUUAUUCGUAUUAACUUUUUAGUAACUAGUGAACACAGAUUAACAUAAUAAGUAUUUUAUUUUGUACAAGAUAUUUAUUUUAGGAAUGUGUAUUAGUUCUCAAUACAUGAAAUAUAUUGAAGUUUAAAAUAAUAUUUAUGUUGCAAUCAAUAUGAUGUCUAUAACACGAUUAUUCGCAAGUCUUGUGACUAAAAAAUUGAAUAUUUUAAAAUUAACAUCAAAUUAUGUAAGAAGAAUGUAUUCUAUUAAUUAAAAUAUAAUUAUAUUUAAUUUAUCUUUUAUUUAUAUUGUAAAGUGAUAACUAAAGUAAUUUAUACUAUAGUUUUUUGUGUUUUUUUUUUUUUAGGUUCCUAGAUGUACAUAUGGUUUAAACAAUGUUGGAAGUAAUGACCCAGGUAUUGAAAUUGAGGAAAAAAAAAUUGUAGAAGAAAAAACUAGUUUAGCAAUGCGAGCAUAUCUUCAAAGAGCUACAUUAUAUAGUAAGUGAUAUUAAACUGUACUAAACAAUUUUUAGGUAUAUAAUAAAUGCUAUUUGUCACCAACCUUGAUUGACAUACAAAGUUAUUGUAGUAACUAAAAAUUAAAUUAAUUUAUUUUUAAUAUUUCCUUAUCGAUAAGUAACUAUAGUUAAAAGAGAUUAUACCUAUCUUACCUAGUUAAUUUUAAAAUAGAAUUAAAAAUCAACAAAGUAUGAGUUAGAUUCUGAGCGUAGCAACGAAUGUAUUGGUUUUAUAAAGAUGUUUAUUUUUUAUAUAAAUUUUUUUAUAUUGUGUACAAAAAUUCUACCAGAAAUCUGUUCCGAUGUAUACGAUGUAAAUCCUUUUCUGAAAAGAAAUUUUCUUGAAGUAGUACUUUAGUAUUACUUAAUUUGUUUUUCAGUUGCCUGAAUGAUAAUUAUAAUUCAUAUAUUCUUAUCAGUUUUUUUUUUAUACCUGUAGAUAAACAAUUACAAAACAAAUAAACAAAUAAUUUUGUUGUCUAAAAUAAGUAAUUUUUAAAAAAUUGUGAAACUAUUUUAUCAUGAUCAUGUGAACGAUUGAUAACCAUGUUAUUACAACUAUUCUACAAUAAAUAAAUCAUAUAAUGAAUAUUACUCCUGUUUACCAGCCGUAAAUAAGGGGAAAAGUACCCAUAUUUAAUUUAUAAAAUUUGUUAUUACUAAUAAAUGUUAUUUAUAUUUAUUAGGGUAUCUCUUAGUAUUAUUCUUAUGCUAAUAACUGUUAAUAUUAAUUUUUUUAUAUUUUUAUUUUCAUUCUAUAUCACUGAAAUAAAUAUCAUUAUUUUUCCAUUUUUUAAAUUUGUUUAAAAUAUAUUAUCCUAAAAAUUUAAAUAUAUCAUACUUUUAUAUAUCCGAUUAAAAGUUUCUUAGCAAUGGUUAUUUUAAUUUCUAGAUAACUGGCGCGAAAACAAUUAAUUCAUAAUAAAAUAAUACUUUAUGCGAUAAGGAAUCACAACCAGCAAGAUAAUUCUAUCAAAAUAUUCUGGAUAUUUUAUUGAAUAAAAAAAAGUAAAUUUUUUUUAAUAAUUAAGGGAUAGAAAUAAAAAUUGUAUUUGUCUCUAAAUAUAUCUCUUACAAAACCCGAUUGAAAAAAAAUGAAUAUUGCCAGAAUUAUAAGCAUAAAAUAACACUGUAGGACACUGUUAAUAUUAAUAUUAUACUUAUUAUAUAUGUAUUUAUAAAAUAAUAAUUUUUGUAUAACUUUCUACUUUAUAUUUUAGAUAACUUUAUGGAACAGCAAACACAUGAAUUUCAGGUUGGAAAACGACAUUUAGCUAAUAUGAUGGGUGUUGACCCAGAAACUUUUACUCAAAAAGAUAUUAAUGUAAGUUUCUUUUCUGGUAUGCAAAUUAACUAUAAAAAUUAAUUUAAAUUUUUUAUUUAAAAAUUGAAUCCUUUUAUAUGAGAUGUUUAUAUUUAAUUUUAGGAAGCAAUUGAGUAUUUGUUUCCUUCUGGUUUGUAUGAUCCAAAAGCAAGACCUUUUAUGAAACCACCAAGUGAAGUAUUUCCACCUAAAAAAGAUGCAGAGUUUGAUGAAUCUGGACGUCCAUUUCAUGUUUUUUUUUAUACUGGAAAACCAAAUUUUUAUUUAAUAUUACAUGUGAGUAUUACAAUAGCAAACUAUUUUACAUUUAAUUUAUACAAUUUUUUUUCUUUUGUAGAAUAUCGCUACUAAAUUAUCCGAAUUAAAUAAGUUUGAAGACAGUUUGAGGAAAAAUAAUAUACUUCCAGAUGAUAACAAAAAAUUGUAUGAUAAACAUAAUUAUACUAUCUACUUUUAAGAUUUUACUUUUAAAUUUUUAAAUAUAUUUUUAUAGAUCAUCAAUAGGAAGUCAAUGGCUAUCUAAAGAAGAUGUAGAAAAGUUGACUGUUGAAAAGUUAUCUGAUUAUGAAGUAAACAAAUUAAUUCAUUUUUUUCCUUAUAAUAUCUUGGUGACUAUAGUUGCAUUGAGGCCUGUUCUUACAAUGUCUAGACCAUAAGUGUUGAUUAAUGCUAACUGGAGUUUAUGCUGCAACUUAAGGAACAGUUGGUUUUCAGUUAGUAAAAUUUUUUCCGUUUAAAUGAAAAUCUCCAAGUUUGUGUUAUCAAUAGUUACUUUUGGUGUGUAUACUUUUUAUAAUUAGGUAUUACUGGUAAUGAGCUUUGGAUUUCGAUAUUGAACUGUAUACAUUUUGUUUAAUUUGUUUAUCUGUUUAAACUUUUUCAUUAAAAUGUAUUACGUCUACAGCUAUGCAAAACUAUGUUUCAUGUUGCUAAGAUAGUAAUUAUUUUGAUUUUAAAGAUAAAAUGUCAAAAUUUUAUGUGUACUUAAAAAAGUGAUAAUUUAUUAAAAAUGAAAAAAAAAACACUUUCAAAUAUCAGAGGAAGACAGAUUUAAAGAUUGUAUAAUGAUAUAUACAAUAUAGUAUAUAUCAUAAUAUAAUAUUAUAUAAUAUUAAUAUUAUCUACACUACAUUUUAUUAUAGUGGACACCACUUCAUUUUAUUAGUUUAUAAGUUAAUUUAGAUUAAUACUAAUAGUAUGUUUUAUUAUUAUAUGAGAUAUUUAACUAUAAUACAUACUAUUAGUAUUAAUCUAAAUUGACUUAUAAACUAAUAAAAUAAAGUGGUGUCCACUAUAAUAAAAUGUAGUAUAGAUAAUAUUAUAUUAUGAUACUUAUUUUAUUAUAUUGUAAUGAAAAACAAUAAAGAAGAGAGAAAAAAACGUUUGAUAUUAGUAAUAAUAAUAAAAGUAACAAGAAAUAGAAAAACUUAAAUAAAUAUGAAUAAGAAAUUAAUAAGUGUUGUGUUAUACAUUUAGAAGUAAUUAUAUUUAAAGAUUAUCAUAAAACCAGUUUUCUAAUUUAUAUUUACAAUGUGAAUUAUUUGAACUUAACUGACGAUUUAAGAGUUAACUAAUCAAAAGCUUUACUGACACUGUAAGAACAGACCUAAAUUUAUUAGUUAUCACUAAUAUUAAUAUUUUUAAAUUAUAUGAAUACUUUAUAGUAAUGAAUGUUAUUAAAUGGUCAUAAACAUUAACACGUUCAACGCCGAUGACAACACGGUGUUGUCACGGUAGGCAGCGCGCUCAUUGCCGAUGACAACACGUUGUUGUCAUGCGAGUAGUUUAUUUUUGAACAGUCUUUUUUCCGUCGGCUUUGUGCAUACACACAUAAUUUUUCUUAAUCCUAUUGGUGAACACUUCAGCUACAUUUUGGUGUACUUGGAUUUAAAAUUGUGUGUUUAUUUGUCAUAAUUUCAAAUAAAACAAAAAAAGUAAGUUUUUUCUAUAUUAUAUUUAUUUUAUCAUAAUAAAACAAUAAUCAUUAAUAUUUUUGUUAUAUGUUUAUAAUAAAUAAUAUUAAAUCUAACUUUUAAUGAAUUUUUUAAUUGUUUUUUACAGUUAAAAUAUUUAAAAUUAUUAUUAUUAAAAUGGACCUUCCACCUGGCCCAUUGUGUAAAGAUAUAGGGAAUGUAAAAAAAAAAGUUUUGACUGAUGAAGAAUUGUUAAACAUUUUGGAGAACUCUGACGAAGAUUUAAAUUUUAGUUCAGAAUCAGACCUGGGAGAAGGAGAUUCAGCCGAUGAGGAUUGUGAUCUUCAAUGCAAUGAAAAUUCUUGUGUAGAAAAUGAAAUAGUUAAUAAUAAAGCAAUAUUAAGAACUACAGACUAUCAGUAAUUUCGAGUUUAUGUGAAUCACAUAAUAUUGUACCUAGUUUGUCAUUAAAAUCUCAAACAAAACCAAUUCAUUUGCCAAAAAAAUUACCAAAAAAUAAAAAAAGGUGUGUACUUAAAGAAAAGGUGUAAACUAUGUUAUUCUAAAGGGAUAAAAAGAGUGACUACUAUAUAUUUCUGUCCUCAGUGUGAUGGUGAACCAGUGCUUUGUUUAGAAAAUUGUUUUGAAGAAUUUCAUACAUAAUCAAUUAAUUUUAAUGCAUAUAUUUAUAAACUAAGACUAAAAUGUAAUUUUAAGACUACAGUAGUUAUUGUUUUUUAUUUUAUAUUAUUAAUUUAUAAAUAGGAAAUUUAUAAAGGAAAGUGGCUGUAACUUUAUUUUUGAUUUUAUUAUAUUUUAAUAAAAUAUCUGUGUGUAAAAAUAAAUAAAAUAACAUCUUGUUCAUGGAAUUAUAUUUCGUUAGAAUAUUUAUAGUUUUAAAUUUGUCUGAAAAAAAAAUAACAAUAAAACAGUAUAAUGUUGCCUACAUGGCCGGUGACAACACGUCAUUGUCAUACCUUAUCGCAGCGGAAUUUCUAUGUGGCUAUUACAAACAAAGUGAUAAUACGGUAACGGCAUUGAACGUGUUAAGUUUAUAAGUAAUAGAUUUUCAAAUAGGUCAUGAAGCGCUUUAAAUAAAAAAAAAAAAAGGUUUUUUUCAUAAUAUAACAUUAUUGUUUACUAAAUCUUUAAAAAUUAUAUUUUAGUACAAACAUUUUACUAUUGCCAUUGAACGAUUGUUGAAACAUCCAUGUUCAUAUAAGUAUGUUGAAUUCAUUGCUCAGUACCAAAAACCAAUGAUAACAACUAAAGCUAUUAUGGAAUCAUCACCAGUAAUUAUACAUAUAUAUAUUUUGUUUUAUUAAAUGUAUUAUUCAAUAUACAUAUGCAAAUAUUUAAUAUUAUUUAUUAUAUACUUUAAGGUUGAAUAUACUAAAGAUGGAAAAGCUUAUGUUACUGUAAAAGGUAACUAAAUAUUUUUUUGUACAAUGAUUUUUGAUCAUUAAAAUGUUAAAUUUUAAAUUUCAGAUUGUCCUAGAAAAAGUGCAAGAGCUGAUGUUACAGUUUUUUAUCCAGGAACUGGUAAAUUAUCUAUAAAUGGAAAAGGAAUUGAAUUUUUUGAUGAUAUUCAAGCCAGAGAACAGGUAAAUUCAAUUUAAUGAUAUAAUAUUAAGAUAAUCUAAGUUCUAUCCAAAAUAAGAAUAGUAAUUGAUGGUGACACAAUAUUUACAUAAGUAUUUAAGAGACAGUGUACAAUCUGUUUUUUGAUCAAAACCAUGUUUUAUGAGGUGAAGAGUGGUCUGAUUUUGGUCUUUUUCAUCAUGCCAUCUUUUUUAAUUUUUUUUUUUGGAAAGAUGAAAACUUCUUACAGGAUAUUAGACUUGGAUUUUAAACAUUUUAUUUAGAAUUAUAUUUCUGCACACUAGCAUUAAGAAUUUAAUAACCAAUUUUAUAAUUUUUUUAGCUUAUAUGUAAAUUUUGGUUACAUAAUCAAAAAUAUAAACCCCAUAGAGAAUUAUCCUCUUCACAAAAAAUAAAAAUAAAAAAUUUAAAUUGGAUGUUAUUAAUUGAGUCAAAAGUUAACCCUGUAAACACAUUAAAACUGUUUGCAUUUUUAUGAAAAAAAUUGUUAAAAAAGAUUCUCUAUUUGUAAAUAUCAAUUAGCUAUCAGAAAUUGUAAAUAAUAUUUAAAAUAAACCACAGUGUUUAGGGUCCCUAAAUACUUUGUAUAAUUUUCAGAAUAUUCUGGCAUUUUUAAGUUAUUAAUACCUAUUUAAAAUUUUUUAGAUUCUGAACGAAAUGAAAAAUGCAUUGGUUUUACAAUGGUGUUUAUUUUUUUUUUAAAACAACUGUUUCACCAGAAUUCUUGCUCCGAUUUUCAAGUUUAGCACCUUUUCUGAAAGUAAAUUUUAUCUGGGUUGAUUUUCCAAGCGAUUUUCAUAAUAAAACCGGGGAAAAACUCGGAAAAAAAAAAUUUAUAAAAUGUAUUAUUUUCAUUUUUUGUAUUUUGUGUUGAGAUGACAUUUUUAGUUAAAAAUAUUCGUAGAGAUUUAAAAAUUUAGACAAAACACUUAUAUUCACAUUUUGUAAAUAUAGUAAAUUUUUAAAAUGUUUAGUCAUUUUUGAGCUAUUUAUAGAUGUUUUAACUUUGCGAGUUUUAUAUUCGCUAUGUACUCCAUAGAUAAAGUUGCUAGAUUAAAUAGAAAUACCUAAAAAUUUAACUGGAGGUUCAUUAUAAGUGCUUGGGAGUUUAAAAAAAAAAAUUGAAUGUGCAAAUUAUAUUGCUUCUCAAAACAUAAAUAACCAAAUUCCAUUCAAAAUCGUUUUUUGUUUGUAAUAAUUAAUUGUUGUGUACAGAUAUAUAGAGUUUAACUGAACUAUUUUUAAAUUUGUAAUGUAACUACAAUGUACAAAUAUCAAAUAGACCUGUUAAAUCCUGUAUAUUAAAUUACCCUCUACAUCCUACCUUCUCAAAUAAUCGCGUACAACUGUGACCCACCCAUAGAGCGAACUAUGUUGAAGCUUUUUUUUUUAUGAAUAAUAAUUUUUUUAUUUAUCUUUAUUAUAUGUUAAAAUUUGUUUAAAAAAAAUUUCCUCACCUAUAUCAGUAGCCUACUCAUGGUACAAAUAAUUUUUUGACUUUUUGUUACAUUAAACAACCCUGCUAUUAGAAAAUGUUUUUUAUUCCAAUUUUAGGUAGUGCAUGGUAGGGGUGAUAUCAGGCCAUCAAAUUUUAGAAUAUUUACUGGUCCAUUUUAGAAGUAAACGGUUCAUUGAUUCACAUAACAGUUUCGCAAGUAAUAUAUUAUAUUGAGUAUUGUUAUUAUGUCAUUAUUCAUUAUCAGGGUUGGGAUUUAAAUGCACUAAAAAUCAUAAAAAAAAAAUUGUUAUAAGGCAUUUUGUCGCAAAAAUACUCAUAAAAAUUACCUAUAAUUUUUUUUUUUAUAUUUGAUAGUUUAUAAUUUUUAUUUUAUUUAAAAAAAAAAAUUGAUACUUGAAAAAUUGAAUUAUUUAUAUUUUGUAGUUGAUUUUGUUGUCUUAUUCAUUCUAAACAUAUAAUAAAAUAUAAAUUUAAGAUUAUAUUAAAUUCUAUGUUAAACUAUUUUACCUUUAACAUUUUCUUAUUAAACUAAACAUCAAGGAAACCUAUUAUUGUCUUAAGAUAAUAUUUCAAAUUAAAUAAAUUUAAAUUAUUAAGCUGUUUAAUUGUAUACAUGUAUGAAUUGGUACAUUUAAUUAUUAUAUAAAUAUAUAUUAAUUUAGAUCACUAUAUUAAAUAUUAAUUUAAUUAUAAAUAAUACAUGUAUACAUUGUAUAAAUGUAUAAUUGUGCUUAGUAAAUAACAGAAGGACUGAAAAAUAAUCUAAAAAUGCAAAAUAAAAGUUUCACCUUGAAAAUAUUACAUAAAACAAAUUAUCUACUUGGAAAGCUCUGUCGAAUAUCAUUCCCAGAAGGAUUGAUAUUGAAAUCCAUGCCUUAUUCAUUAUCUAAUAGUUACUGCAAGAUUAAGUAUAAGUAAAAUAGAAAACGUUUAGAUAAAUUGCGUACGCAAGUAUUUAUAUUCAUAUGAAAUGUCCCUAUAGAAUUAUAGACAUUGACAAGUACUAAACUACUUCAUAGGAGUCUAUUGUUUUAUUUUUAAAUUACUUAAAUUAAGAGUUUAUAUUCUUUUUUUGUAAAAUAACCAAUUUUUUCAAAACAAAAAAAUAAAUAUGGAAAAAAUACUAUUUGAACGAUUCUAAUUAUUUUAAAUUUCUCUUAACAACUUUGUCGAUAAAUUCAUAAUAUGUCAAGUGUAUAUUAAGUUUUCAAACCAAAAAUUGUUUAUUAAUUUAGGUCAUUGAGUUUAAUAUAAUUUAAAAUUUUGGCAUUAAAAAAUAUCUUAAAUAUCUUUCUUAAACAUCUAUGUGUUCAUAAAUGUUUAAAUAUAAACAUACAUGUGUUUAUGCAUGUCUUCUUAAAUUAUAUAUAAAUAGUAUGGAAUGUAAAUUAUGCAUUUACUUUAUUUGUUUUUUAAAACAGCAUGGUAUCUGGAUUUAGUUUAUUUACCAAUAGUUAAAAACACAUUGUUUGUAUAAUAUAACUCAAAUAAAAUUCUGUAGAUUUUAGAUUUGGCUUAUUUUCUGUUUAUAUUAUUUUUCUAAACAGUGUAUAAAUGUCAAAUACUCAGAAUUUAAUUACAAUGUAUGAUAUUUAUAUUUGUAAAAUUUGCCCUUAUUAUAAAAUGGAAAUUCACUGGAGUGCCCAUAUCUAGAAUUGUAUUGUUUGAGAAUAAUAUGUUUUGUUUUUUUUUUUUCUUAAAUGUAGGUAUAUUAAUAUAUAAUUAAAUAUUACUAUAGAAAGUAGAUUGCAACUAAAAAAAAUUAUCUUUUGGUUUUUUUUUUUUUAAAGUUUUAUUUCACUUUUUUGUCAAAUUCAUAAUUUAACUUUUAUAUGACUACUUGAUAUAUAGAAUUGUUUUGAUUUUUAACAGGGAAACACAAAUAUGACUACUUUUAUAUCACACAGCUCUUAUUACUUUUAAACAAAGCAUGUAAUGUAAUUUAUCAAGAUAAAUGUAAUAAGAUCACUUUACUUUUCAGUAUUAUUGUUAUAUAUAUUUUAUGAUGUAUAAUAUAUCAGUAAUAUAAUGAAGUAAUAUGUUUGAACCAAUAAAUCAAUUUGUUAUUCAAAUACAACAUAAAAUAAUUAUAAUAAAUUAAUAUAUACAAUUUUAGACUAGAAAUAUUUAUGAUGAUUUAUUGAUAAGCUGUAAUAAGAGAUCUUGUUGAUGUUGCACAAUUUCUUUUAGUUGUUUAAUUUCUUCAACUAGAGCCUUGUUUUCCAUUUUAUUUUCUAGUACAGCUUGUUUAUAGUCAACAGUAUUUAAUCGUUUUUGUCUAGCUAUAUUUAAUGCAUCUUCCAUUAUUUCUCUUGGUAAUCUUUUUUCUGUAGGAUUUAAUGGUUUCACAUAAAGAACAACUCGGUAGGCUGAUGGAGUAACUCUAGCACUCCAGUUGAAAAAAUUGAUUACUCGCCUUGGUAAACAACCUUGAAAUAAUGCUUGUUCUUGGGAAUGAAUAAGUUGAGUUUGUCUAACAAGUUUUGAAAGGUCUGCAGUUUUGUGCAAACCUUGGAUAUCAUGUACUGCUAUUCCGACUAGUAAAUUCAUUAAUACAACAGUGACAAAUAUUAUAAAUAGUAUAAAUGUUAUAUAAGCACUUACAUCAAAAAUUAUUGGAGAAUCAUCAGAUUUUAAUAAUAAAUCUAUGUCAAGUUCUCCCGUCAUCAUUACUAGUACUUUUACAAUACCAAUUAAUGGAUUAUUAAAAUCACUCGAUGUAGGAAAUAAUGUACAAAAGCUUAUUGUAAAUCCUAUAAGUAAACAAGAGUAUGCUAGUAAUAAUUUAGCAAAUUCUUUUUGAACUUUGGUAAACAUAGCAAUGUAUGUUCCAAAUAUAGGUAAUUGGCCAAUCAUUACCAUUAAGUUUGACCAUCCAAACAAAACAGCAAAUGCUCCAAUAGGAUUUUGCCAAUCAUAAGUUUUAUUAUUGUAUAAAAAAGAUGUUAGAAAUACACUUGCAACGACAAACCAUUCAACAAUAUUAGUUAUGUUAAAAAAAUAUUGUUUGAUUGAUGUGAAUCCCGUUGUGCCAAUCAACUUUCUUAUUAUUAUUAUAAUUGUAAAUACUAACAAUAUAUACCAAACAAGUUCUAUAAGUGUAUGAGUGAUUAGUUUUGAAUCGAAUAUAUUAACCUUCAAACGGCAGGCAUUUUGAUUUUCCAGUUGGUUUAAUUCUUGGUCCUCUGUUAUAUUUUGGUCAUUUAUUAUGUUUUUUGAUUUAUUGUAACAGUCAUGUGCUAGUGCUGCCAUUACAUAAGAAGUUAAAAGUAAAACAAAAAUUGCAUCAAAAAUAAGACGUACAAAAUAAAAUCGACGAAUUUUUUGCCAUUUCAAAUACAAAAAUGCUUUACAUAAUGGAUGUUCAAGCAUAGACUUUUGACCGCACUCUUCCAAAGUAUGUAAUAAAAUUAUUUCUCCUUGACUAGGAUUUUGUAAUAGAUACCGAAAAUCCAUUAUUAGUUCUACUUCUUUGGCUGAAGCUUGAUCGUUAAGGGUAAUUGCCUGGUCAAAUUUUUUCUUAAUCGUAUUUAUACUGGUAGGCGUCUUUCUAUUUAUUAUACUUAAAGCACUCAUUCCUCCAACUGUUCUAGAACUAAUAUCUGCUCCUUUAAUGAUCAGAAAAUCCACACAUUGAGAUAAUUCAUUUAAAGCAGCAAUAUGAAGUGGUGCAUAGCCAUAUCUAUCUUGAAUAUUAACAUUUGCACCCCAUUUUACCAAUACUUCAACGACAUGGAAUGAUAAAAAAGCUUUGCAAACAGCUGAAUGUAAAGCUGUCCUUUUGUCUAUGUCUAAAGCAUUCACUUCUGCUCCUAAUUCCAACAAUAUUUCUACGGAUUCAGCGCAUUGUGCUUUUGCUGCUAAAUGUAAGGGAGUUUGAUUCUUAUCAUUUAUCACACUAUGACUAGAUCCCGUGUGUAAUAGUAUUUGAACGCAUUCUGUAUAUCCAUUUUCAGCUGCCAUGUGUAAAGCUGUCGAUUGUUUGGAUUUAGAUUUUAAAUUUAUUGUUUUAUUACUUCUAGCCAAAAGAAGCUUUAAACAUUCUGUAUAUCCUUUUUCUGCUGCUAAAUGAAGUGGUGUAUUCCCAUUGGCAUCCAAAGUAUUUGGAUCAAUACCAAUGUGCAGUAAGUACUUGACACAUUCUACAGAAUUUGCUUGUACUGCACAGUGUAGUACUGUAUCAGUUACUUUACAUCUCUCAUCUAUUAGAAUUUUUGUAGUUUCUAAAGCAUUACCCAUAACUGCUGAAUGUAAUGGUGUGUAUCCAUUUUGAAUUGAGUCCAUGUCACAUUUUCUUUUUAUUAGCCACCUGUAAAUAUCAAAUAAUUUGGAUUUUAGUAAGAAUGUGUAAAUUGUAUUAUUCAUUUAUUAGAAUUAUUAGUUGGUAGAGCCCAAUUUGUGUUGGUAUAUGCAUAACUCUCAUCACACCAUACCACAAUUAAUAAACAAUGUAAAAGUAUAGAUCACAACCCAAUAAGUAUUAUUAGUUGAUAAUAUUUUUGUCUUAUUGACAUUAAAAUCUAUGAUUAACACUUUUUAAAUUUUAUAAUUAAACUACAAUUUGUCAUUCGGGGGAAUAUUAUAUCUAUACAGUGAUUAUUGUAUUAUCCUAUUAUAUAAAAAAAAAAAGCGAUUUUAGAAAAUAUUUUAAUCUUCUUAAGGUUGUAGUGAUGGUCGACCAGUACUUGUUUUUAAAUAUAUUUCUAUAAUAAUUCAGCAAAGGUGAUAAGAUGAAAAAAUUACCACAAUACAAGUUACAAUAAUAUAAUAAUCAGUUGCUAACUCAUUGUUAGUGUGAUAAAUACUCAAUGGCGGAUUAAUAAAUUUGCCGCCUACAAGUAGAAAAACAUUUGCCACCCCUUUAUUUUUUCAAACCUGCAGCCUUUCUACGAUUUAUGGGUUUUUCGGUAAAACAUUUUUUUAUAUCAUUUAAUAUUUCGAUAAAUUUUUUCUAAUUAUUUAUAAAAGCAGAACAUGCAUCAUAAUAACGACUAGACCAUCUUGUUCUAGUAACUCUUUUUACUACCUUAUGACCGGGUCUCAAUUUCUCUUUCAUUAAUUGCCAUUGAUAAGUAGAUAUUAUAAAGAAAUCAUAGAUGGCUUUUAAGUUAUCAAAAAAAAUGCCGCUUCUUUGAUAGAAUCGACAGCGGAUAUCCCAAAAACUCGAAUUGACUGCGUUCACUGAAACCGUUUAAGUGAGUUAUUACCAAAUGGCUAAUACUUAUAAUAUAAUAUAAGAAAAUAUUAUAUAUACUUAGAAAUAUACAUACAUUUUAAGUGUGGCAACUUUGCCCCCCUUAAAAUUUUAAUGCUCCAAUUAUUACUAAAAAAAUUUUUUUUUUAAUAUCUAGCUGUGUUUUUCUAAAGUUUCUAGGUACUAACCUACCACACAUUAUUGUUUUUUUAUACCUAUUUGUAAAAAUUAUAAAUUAUUUAUUUAUCUGGUUUAAUAGGUAUAAUUAAAGUUGCCUUUUUCGAACAUUAUAUUAUUAUAUUUAAUUUUCUUCCAAACAAUACUCUCUGUUACAUUAUUUAUAUAUUUUGUCUGAUAUUAUCUUAUUUCUGUUUUACGAUCAUUAAUUCCGCAGACUGAUGUUGAAAUAUAAUAAUCAAAAAAAUUAUAUUAUGGUUUUUAGUAUGCACAAGGGUUGUAUAUAUUACUCGGGAUAAUUGACAAGCGGUUUUUUUUAUAAACACCUGUCUAAUAAAUUAUCCCCGAUGAAUUCAUACAAUUUUGGUCAUGGUACAUAAGUUAUAUUUUGUUGGCUAGGUAAUGACUUUAACUUUAUUUAAAUUUUUAGAAAACAUUUCACAGUUCUAAUGUAUGCGUUUGUCUUUAUCGGAUAAGUUGUAUAGUAAAUAAUUUUUAAACAUUAUAGUUUUAUUAAUUUAUUUUAUUACUUAUUUAAUAAUUAUUAUUUUAAAUUGCAAUAAUUCUUGUUUAAAAAAUAUUAUUUCGCUGGUGAUUAUUUUGGUUUUGAAAUUACAUUUUAUAGUUUCAAUUUUUUGUCUUUACUUUUGUGUUUGAUCAAAAAAUAAAUUACAAUAUAAUAGUGUAAAAAUCAUACAGCAUGAUUAAAAUAUUAUAUGUCUAACUAUACGACUGUUUUUAGUAUUAUUUUUAUCUGUGUGUUUGUUUUAUACAUACAAAUAAAUUUGAACCCAAUUUAACUUGAUGUACUUAACCUAUGCAAUUGAUGAUCACUAUUUUCCUGACCUACUUAUAAAAAAAAUAUUGCAAUAUCUUAAAAUAUAAAUACGCAAUUAUAAAAAAUGCACCUUAAAUUUUUUAUAAAAACUAUUUUUAAUAAUUGUAUAACUACCUAAAUCAUUUUGUUUAUACAAUAGUUAGAUCUCGAGAUCUUGCAUUCUAACUUAAAAGCUGGUUAUAAUUGUAUGAAUAAUAAUAAUAUUGUAUUUAUUGAAGUUUUGGCGACGUUUUACGAAUUUAAAUUUUGCCAAAUAUUUUUAGACAAAAAACAUCUUCGACUGUACUUAAUUGAAAUAAUAAUUGUUUUCAACAGAUUUUAUUUGUAAAUUGUUUUAUGAUAAAAAGCUACCACCCAACUAUGCAUAAUCGUUUACAAUACAAUUUCAUACAUUUUCUACUUUAUUUAAAUGUCGUAUACAGGGUCAUUCAAAUUAUAUAAAGUCAGCGAAAGUAUGAAGUAUUUAAAUAUUAUUGUUCCUCGUUUGAGUUUUAAAAUGUAUCAUUUAAAUCACCACUUUACGAUUAAUACAAAAUUCAAAAAAUAUCAAAUUCAUUUGGAACAUUAGAUAUGAUUUCAAAUAUUUUUCAACUACCUGUGACAUUAAAAAAAGAUAUAUAUUUCAAAGUGAAAUACUUACAUAUGUCGCAGUAAAUUUGGAACUGUACGCGGACUGUAUUAUUCAAAUUAAUAUGGAAAAGUAUUAUUCGGAUUGAACCUAAUACGGACCAAUUGACGCAAACAGGAAAACGCCCAAAUUAACUCUCAACCCCGUGAGUAAUAUAUUCUGGUUAACCACCAGUAUUUCGAGUUACUGAAUAUAAUUAAGUGCGAAAUGAAUAAUAAUAAUAAUUAUUAUUAUUAUUAUAGGCAUAGUAAUAUAUUUAAAAAUAUUUUAUUAUUGCUAAUCAUUAUUAUUUAUAUCAUAAUUUUCUAUUGGACGCAAUACAUAAACUAAGCUGCAGUCAUUAAUAUACGAAUAAAUAUAUAAUAAUAAGCAUACCUCAUAUACCGUUAUUUAAAAGAGACGUUUUUAACAAUCGAAUUAUUAUUUAUGUAUAAUUUAUCUGAAAAAGUACAAAAAUAACCAGAACAAAUAUCGACGGUUAUAGAAGUAGUUAUAUAUUAUCUACUUGCACAGCAUAAUAAUUAUUAUGUAAUAAAAAUUAAAAUACGUUACUAAUUGAAUAAAUCAGUAAAAUAAUUAUAAAAGGGUAUAAAAGCCAAUUUUUUAAUUUUUCGGGAGAUCAUAAAAAAACGUGAUUUGUACAUAUUUAAUUUCAGGAACGGAUAUAUCCCCUCCGUGGCCAUCUCUCCUUCAAAAAGUAUAUAUAUUUUGAAAAAUUGAUUUUUCAUUGUUAAAAAAUUUUAAAAAGUCAGCCUCGUCCCUCUUUCACUAUAACAAAAUCGUUUUGACAUUGUUGAUACUGUACAAUUUUCAAUCACGCUAGUUCCACGUCUCGUGUUAAAUGAUUUUUAUCGUAACUAAAUGAUAUCGAUAUUUAAGUUGGAUUAAUCAAUUAAUAAUUACAUAUUAUGUUACGCCAUUUACGACAAAAAUAAAAAUAUAAUAAUCAAUACGAAAUCACCUUUUAUCAUGGUAAUAUAAUAUAAUAUAAUAUAAUAUGAUAUGAUAUAAUAUCUAUUAUUCGUAAUUCUCAAUGAAGUUCAAACCGAAAAGUAUACUAAAAUUAUUAGUGCCAAUAUUUUAAAAAUUUCGUAAGAAUACGAUGUAUUGAAGCAACAAGAAAUAAAUAAAUUAUGAAGAACAAAUCAGGUCGGCUCAUACCGUAUGAGUUUAUUAAAUCCAUGUACCAUAUCUUUGACACAUAAUGUUUUAAUAAUUUGUUUUUCUCUGUUUCACACUUAUGUAAUGUUUGUAUUAACUUCUACGUUUUAAUAGUUAAUAAUAGUAAACAAAUGUGUUUUAGGUUUAUGGUUAAUAAUAUUUUUUUGAGCAAAAACCAAAAUGUUAUUUUAGAGUAAAAACAAUUACGUUAAUUAUUAUUAUUAUUUUGUAAUAAAAUAACAAAGUAAAAACAAAAUGUUUUAUGCUUAUUAGAGUUAUUAUUUAUAUUCUUGUGACGGGUUCUCGUUGGGAAGGGAGUAGAAGAGUUUAUGAAAAUCUAUUGUUAAUUGAAUUGAAUUUUUUUAACAAUUACAUUUUAUUAUGAAUUAUUUGGUUUAAAAUUUGAAUUUAUGUUUUAACGGACAUAGGAAAUUUAAUGCUCGUCGUUAUAAUAGCAAAUAGCAAAAAUUGAUUUACAAAGAGUUUGUACUUUUCAUCGCUCGGAAUUAGCGGAUUUACGCGUAUCAACUCGAAUGAUAAUGAAAUGCGUAAUAUUAUCUGCACCGUCACUGCCGUAUAAAUCGAAACGCCAAAUAUUCGAUACCUAACUUUUGUGUUUUAUUGUAUACCCGGUCUUGAUAUACUUACUCGUAAACCAGACAAUAAUACCUAACGAUCGUAGGACUCUGCAAAAGCAAAAUUUCAUUGGUAUAAACGAUUUCUUUCUCUCUCUCUUUCUCACUGAAUAAACCACCGUAGUCGGGUUUUUUUUUCGCGUUUUCGUCCAAAACACGAUUAGAUAUAGUAUGUUGUAAAUAUAUAAAAAUAAAACAUUAAUGAUGAUUGUUAUUAUUAUUAUCGGUGCUUACUCCUACUCGCGGAAUAUUUCACUCGAACUUUUUAAUGUAUCUAUAAUACAUUUAACGCGUUUGUAAUACGAAACUUGCCAACAAAUUUAAACUAUAAUAAUAUAACAUAUUACUUUCGUGGCGUGCUGACAGAUUUUUUAAUUUUAAUAAUAUAUUAAUAUCUUCGUGAUCGAAUACCUACUAUGUUGUUGGUUACUUCUGCGUCUCAUUUAUAAAACAAAGUUUUCAACCGUUUGCAAUAGGUAUUAUCGUUUAGUUUUAUAAAAACAAGAAUGCUUCUAUUAUUACGUUCCUUAUUGUUUUGUUAAUAUUCUAAAUCCUUUAAAUCGAACACUUCACUUUUUCCCGUAGGACAUAACCGCCGGCUCGCACUAGCAUACAUCGCGAGUAUUAUGCCUAAUGCAGUAAUCAACGUUCGAUUCAAUAGUUUGCAUCACGGUAUCCCACAGAUUCUUGAUUGUAUACUUAAAUAAUACUAUAUGUUAGGUAUCUAAUCAAUGGUUUCGGUUUUGUAAACAUUUCGCUAACUAAAAAUGAUUCGAGUAUAAUACAACGGAACGGCACGACGUUAGGCGGACGAGUAACAGAACGCCGGGGGUCAUAAUAAUAAUAAUAAUAAUAAUAAUAGUAAAUAAUAAUAAUUGAUAAUAUCAUCACUAUUUUACCUGAGCGCGUCGACGUUGCCCAUGAACGCGGCCAAAUGUAUGGCGGUGAAAUUUCCACAGUGCGAAUAGUGCAAGUUGGCCCCGCAGUCGUACAGCGAGUCCAGGCACUCGGCCGCGGCGCCCACGUAUAUGGCCCAGCAGAACAGUCUGUCCAGUUCGUUUUGGUUAGGCGGUGGCGACACGCCACCCGGGUCGAACUCGUUGAGCUCGACGUGCUCCAUGAGCUGCAGCCGCCCGUUGCACGUCCGCAUCGAGUCCAUCAGGUCCCGUCUGAUGGUGUCCUUCCGUAUGAUUAUAGACAGUUCAAUCUCUUGCAGGCCGUCCGGCGCGGCCGCCGCCGCCGCGUUGACGGCCGGCCCGUCGGGCAAGCUCUCUAUGAACAGAAACUCUUCGACGUUGGACCGCCGCUGCCGAUCGUCGCGGGGCUUAUACCGGAAACUGUACCACCGAUCCUUGAGUGACGAUUGCGGUUGCUGCAGCGACGACGACGCCGACCUGGACGUCCCCGUCCCCGUGCCGCCGUGCCUGUUGUGCACGUUCAGGCUGAUCGUCCUGUCCAGUGGCAAGGCCGCCGUCACAGCGGCCACUUCCAAGUGAUGUUUGGUGUUCAUCGCCACCGUAGGUCAACCGCGGGUUUUUUUUUUUUAUGGGUUUCGGAUGUAUAAAAGAAUAGUUUAUUCGUCUAUAUAUAUUAUAUUCUAGGUAAUGUGAGGAUAAGAUUACAAAAAUAUAGCUCUCGCGAUUAGGUUAUUGGGCUCGUGUCUGCACAGAGUCGACCGGUCGCGUGUUCGGCUCCUUCGGCGAUCCGCUCGCCAAUGUCCGUCUGUUGUGCGGCUGGCGCGAUCGGGGACCUCUCGUUAGUUGACGACGGUGUGAUGCCCGAGAGCGUGGCCACUAUCGGAACUAUGAGCGUAUCUCCCUCUCUCCCCCCGUAACCAUCACCUAUCCCCUGUUCGCUCAAACUCCGUUUUAUUUGAAUAUUAUACAGGGUGAUUUUUUUUUUUUUUUUUAUCAUUUUAUUAUUUACCGAGGUUUUGUGUGCAAUUGAUUUUGGAUUUUGUUUAAUGAUCUUAUGUAUAGAUUAAUAUUUUAAAACGUUUUCCUUUAUUCCGUAUUUUCGUACACACAUCAGCAUUCGAUUUUAAAAUAGCGUCCAUUGUCCUUUUCAAACCAUAUUCGAAAAAAGAAUGUUAUUUUUCUGAAAUCAAUGAUGUGAUUGCAUAACACUGAUAUAGGUAUUGGAUUUAUCGUUACGUCGCCGUCAUGCUAAACGUGACUCAAACUAAUAAAUUAUGUACGGUCGAUUCGCCGAAUAAUUUUACCACAGUCUUCUCUCGAGUAACAGAAAAAAACGACCGACUGAAAAUUUAGAACAUAUGGGUAUAUGUUCUAAAUUUAUAGUUAUAGAUUUUUAUAUUUCGACCAAGAGUCAAUUGUUCACACGAUCGUGAAUAUCGUUAUGUUUACAAGCUAAAGUUAAAAUUUCACUUCGACACUUUUUGAGUAGGUAACAGCGUCGGUUUAAUAGGUAUAACAGUUUAAAAUUUAGAUCGGGGAAGUAUAUAAGGAAGGGUUAUCGUCCAAAAAUCGGUGUGCAGUUUGUUACCUUUCACUACUCCGGUGUACAUUUUUCACUGUUAUUACACGUAAACGGUGUAUCCGGUAAUAAUAACUCAUGUCAACAUAAUAUGUUUAGUUUAGACAAAUAUCGGUUCUUUUAGAAUCCGAGUUGAAAAGACCGGUGGGUUGCUGCUAUAUGAAAAUCAAAAGUAAAUAUACUCGCAUUGAAGGUAUAUAAGGGGGGAUAGGGGAUUGAAGACGUAUAGGGUUAAAAUUUUGAAAACUUCAACAAUAAUUCUAUUUUGGUUAAGGGGGGGGGACUUAGAAAUCAAAAAUUUACUCAGAACCCUCCUGAAAAAUAUCGCAGGGUCGCGAUAAAACUAAUCACCCUGUAUACUUAAUAUUAUUAUUAUUACUAUUACGGCGAGGUACAUUAAUAUACCGCGUUGGUCACUAACACGUGGUGUGUUGACCGGUAACGCGCGAAUCCACCGUGACUACCGGUGUCUCUCUCUUUCUCAUGUUUUUUUUUUCGUAUUUUAAAAUACCGUACACGUUAUUUUUUUUAUUAUUAUUAUUAUUAUUAUGCUAUUAUUAAUAUUAUACACGCGUAAUGCCGGAGGUAUACGGUUAUAGGUAAUACGCGACUACGGUUUAAAAUGAAAAAAAUGAAAAAAAAAAAAAAUGUACUCAAUAAUACCUAUAUCUACAGAGGUGUAGGUAUCACGAUAUACCUUAUUACGAUGCCUAUGAAUUCCGGGCACGUAAACCGUUAGUUUUCCAAUCGCAUCAAAGUCAAGGUCGACUAUUUAUUUUUUUUUUAACAUGCAUCACCGUCAUACUUAGAAAAUAGGUACAAUAAUAAAUAAUCCUCUCUUCGAACAAUUUUCUCCGGUUAAUAUUAUAAUAACAAUAAAUAUACCAUGUAUACAAUAUAACGCGUCACCCGUUUUUUAAACUAAUCGACGAUAAUAUACUUUAAAAACCGCGAACUUUUUAUUUGUUUUUAAUAUCUAAACGAUUAAAACAAAUGCGUUCCUUAUUCUAGUCGUAUCUGUAUGUAUUUUAUAAAUCAAACAUAAACGACGUCAAAGCGAGAUUAAAAGUAAAAUGUAUUAUUUAAAUUUAGAACUGUUUAAAGGGCCAAACAUUUCACGAGGAUACGUAGGUAAUUUUUUUUAAUGGACAAAAUAUUAAAAUGGUGAAAAACCAAUAAUCAAAAGUUGAUCACUGAAAACAAAUUUGGAUGUCUUUUCAUUUUAAAUUAUUGCCAAUGUACCUAUAAAGCGAAUACUUACAAAUUAAUUAUAACAAAAAAAAAAAAAAAUUAUGUAUAUUUUUAUUGACUCACUGAAAUAUUUUUUUAUAUUGGCACUUCUGACAUAUUUAUUUCGGAGCCAAUAAAAAAAUAUUUUCAUAUAUCUUUGACGUUCUCGUGCACAGUUUCAUAUUACUCGUUUCUUACGACAAAGAUAUUCUUUGAAUUUAAUAUGCACAAACAUCAACAUACUAUUCGAAAGGCUAACGAAAAUAACAAUUGAUUUUUGAAAGACUUGAUUUACGCUACGGCUAAAAUCCAUUGCGGUUUUUAUAAACGCAUUGUUUGUAUGCCUAAACAUAAUAUUAUUGAAUUAUCUGACAAAUGUUUCACUAAAAUAGCUGUAAGUGUAUCUGUUAUUAUUAAACUGUCAUUAUAGAUAAUGUUAUAAAAUUUGAUUUCAUAACAGCCUCGUUUGAAUGUAUCUAUGUUAUGUAUUAUUUUGUUUAAGAAAUUAUUUUUAAAAAAAUUCGCAACUGUCAAUUAUUACAUUUAAAAAUAUAUUAAUUUUGAAUCUUAAAAGUAUUUUAAAAUAUUCUCUUUAAUCUCUAUUUUUUUAAAUUCGCAAGACAUGAAAUUCGAAAAAUUACUCGUACAGUGCCAUCUGUAUUCAAUUAUUUAUUUUUACAAUUUAUAGAUGGUACUUUUUUAGAGAAACUAAAUACAUAAUUAAAAAACGAAUAGCUCUAUUGCUCCGCUCAGAAUCCAAGACAAACAUAUAAAAUAUUAUUUACGUCUUUAUAAUAUACAACUAGACAGUUGAGUUGAGUGAAGACACUUUUUUUAGACUGUUAUACUUUGAUCACAGAGUCAUUAACCCUAUUUAUAUUAACAUUAUUCUAGUAAAAUAUAUCAUAUAAUUAUAUAUAUUUGUUUAGAUACUAUUUCCAUUAUUAUUCACGGAUAUGGUCGAAAAAGUCGAUAUUGAAGCUACUGUCCGAGGAGGCGGAAUUUCGGGGAAAGCUGGUGCAAUUCGUUUUGGUAUUUCUUGGAGUUUGCGUUCAUUUGUGGAACCUGAAACUGUAGAACGGAUGCGAAUUGGUAACUACAAUUUUUGUGUUUUGUAAAUUUUUUAAAUUAAUAUUACGAUAUUAAAUUUACUUUUAAGCCGGUCUAUUGCAAAAAGACUACAGGAGAAGGGAAAGGAAGAAGCCAGGCCAAGCAAGAGCUAGAAGGAAGUUCACUUGGAAGAAACGUUAAAUCUUUUAUGUUAUGCAGUUGUGUAAAUAUAUUAUAAUAAACUAGAUUUUUGUAUGUA